AUGGUAUUUAUCGAAGACCCGAGGAUGAUUUUUGCGGAUAUGCGGCUACAUGCCACCAGCACCCCUACAACCACCCCCAUUCACGCCGACUUACACGGUGAUGUCGAUGCCCCAGAUCUCAGUGGUGAUGACAGGAGUAUCGCAAGUGACGUCCACGAUGCUCACGAGGCUAUCUUGGACCACGAUUCCAUGGACUCUGACCGCGGGGCUCUCAAUCUGGUUACAGAUGUGUCACAGCGGAAUAGCAGCGGUGGUACCAGUGGGAGUGCAUCAUCCCCGAGUUCCGGGGUGAGCAGUCAGCUAACCGGAAGCCACGCUGGUACUGGAAAUUCCCCGGCAACGUUGGCGGCCCAAUUGGUCAGCCAGCAGUUGCUGAUGCACGGAUCUCUUGGCGCUUUGAGCUCCCAAGAAAUUCAGGCACUGGCAUCGACUCUCCAGCAGCAACAAUCGCUCCAGCAAUCGCUGCAGCAGCAUCUCCAGCAGAUCGCAAUGUUCCAGCAAGCUAAUCCGGCGACGGGUCAACUUCCUGCACAAGCGCAGUUUUUCUUACAAAAUCAGGUACAACAGGCUGUGGCACAAGCGGCCCAACAGCUCCAAGCAUUGCAAAAACAGCAGACACUGCAAGGUAGCAAUAUUGUAGGCCGCAAUGUCACUCAGCAAAGAUCUCCGCCGCCACCUGGUACCCCACCGGCCGUUAAGCCACCGACUACAAGGCUAGAACCGUCGCCCGAAGAGACAACAGAUCUCGAAGAGUUGGAGCAAUUUGCCAAGACGUUCAAACAGAGGCGUAUUAAACUCGGCUUUACUCAAGGAGACGUCGGUCUUGCCAUGGGAAAACUCUACGGGAACGAUUUUUCUCAAACGACUAUCUCAAGGUUUGAAGCGCUGAAUCUCUCGUUCAAAAAUAUGUGUAAAUUAAAACCUCUGCUGCAAAAAUGGCUCGAAGAUGCCGACAACUCGCUGAACAACCCUAACUCGCUGUCGAAUCCGAUGACAACCCCCGAAGCGAUCGGAAGACGAAGGAAAAAACGGACCUCUAUUGAGACGAGCGUUCGGGUCGCUUUGGAAAAGGCUUUUUUGCAAAAUCCCAAACCGACGUCUGAGGAAAUCACUAUUCUUGCCGAUAGUUUAGCCAUGGAGAAAGAAGUCGUCAGAGUGUGGUUUUGCAAUAGGCGACAAAAGGAAAAGCGAAUCAACCCACCAACAGCCGCAAUGGGAAGCCCGACAAUGCCAUCAUCGGCGCCCUCGGUAUUUGCUUCAUUGGCGAGUUCGAUGUCUGCAAGCCCCUUGGCACUAACCACCCACUCAUCGGGAAUGUCAGGACACCCGCACUCGACGCCUCUUGGUUCACCUUUGCCGUUGGCGCUGGUCGCAUCCGCGGGGGGGAAUUAUCAUAGUCUAAAUAACAAAUCUCACGAGUGA